AUGACACGAACCACACGCGCGAGCAGGCAGCGGCCUGAUCUGACGGAGUCUUGGGACGAUGUGGACUCCAGCUACCACGAGGAAGCCGAGCCGAUCUACGACGAGGAAGAGGAGCGCGACGAGCUGGGCGAAGAGUACAGAUCGAGGAUGAAGGAUAGCAGGACAUCGCAGAACGGAUCCCACGAAGAACCACGGAGAAGAAGUAUCAGAUCUUCAGUCGAGCCCGAACUUGUGAUGCCUACGUCACCAGAUGCCGCAGCUGCGAGACGCGACUCGAAACAAAGAGCGGCAACGCCACACAUGCGCAUGAAUCAACGGAGCAUGACGAGUGAUGCUGGACAGAUACGGAAGGCACAGCGAUCGGCAACACCGCGCAUGAGGCUGAGUGAGAGGUCUAUGACGAGCGAUGCUGGGAGGAUGAGGUCUUCACGAUUGAAAGAGCAGCAGGAUGCGGAUUACGAUAGUGACGAGGAGCAGAGCGGAAUUCAGUACGGCAGUCUUGCGUGGAAGAACGUACUACGACCGCUGCUACAAUACGCAUCUGGCGUUGUCGGCAUCCUCAUGCAGAACUUGAAGCCUGUCUUCGCGCUCGCGCUAUUGGCGUAUCUGCUCUUCGCGGCGCUGACGUUCGGUGCUGGGUUCCUGAACAACAGCAUCAACCAUGCCCUUUCGCCCAUAUGCAGGCUGCCUUUCACUGGAUCGCUACCUUUCUGCCCGCUGCCCGAUCGACCUGAGUUCAAGGGUACAGCAGAGUUCGACAAGCUCGUACAGGCGCAGGAUGCAUUUCAAGAUGUACUGGCCAGCGCCUCGACUGGUGUCAACUUGCCACUAGACAUGAAGCGGAGCGAAGCCAGUGUGCGGGAUUUGAAGCACGUCGUGCAAUACUCGUCACUGCCAUCGCGUAACGAGCUGGUCUUCGAGUUCACGGGCUUCAUCGACACUGCACGGCAAGCAUCGCAAGACUUGAGCAAAUUCAAUUCGAGGAUCGGUAGAGCUGUCGACCACAUUCUCAGCACAAACCGCUGGACUCUGAGUGUGAUUGACGGCGUCUCCGCAACCGAGGCCUCAAGAGGCUCAAUCUCGAAGUUCAUCAGCAACAACCUCGACAUCUUCGCACCCUUCCGACCACAAAGUCUCUCCCGCGAACCACUCAUGGAUCAAUACCUCCGCCACACCGGCGCAGUCGAAGAGCAGAUCCAGAGUCUGAUCGAAGAAGCCCUUGCCCUCCGCGACAUUCUCGAAAACCUCGAUGGCCGUCUCGACGUCAUCAACGGUAUCGCCACCCGUGACGAUCACAAACUCGCAGCCAGCAAGGAAGAACUCUUCGCAACCCUCUGGUCUAAGCUAGGCGGGAAUCGCGCCGACAAGCAAAAACUUGAAAAACAAAUCACCCUCCUCAGGAGUGUCGAUACGUACCGCCGAACUGCUUGGGCCCAUGUCACAACUACAAUUGUCAAACUUCAGGCGAUUCAGCAUAGUCUGGAGGACUUGAGGGAGAGAGUGAGCAUGCCGGAGAUUGUGGGAGACAAACUGCCUUUGGAGGUACAUAUUGAGAGUAUCAAUUUGGGCAUUGAGAGGUUGGAGCAUCAGAGGGAUGCGGGUCGACGGUUGGAGGCGGAGAAUUAUGCGAGAGUCAUCAGUAAGGGGGAGGCGAGUGAGAGGAAGAUGUUGGAGGGGAGGGAGGAGCUUUAG